GCUCCAGCCAUCGACAUGCAGGCCGCCCGAAUUAAGGCAGCAGCACGACUCGCCUGCCUGCAGGUAUCCGCCAACAUUCCCACAACGAUGGCGGCAGUUCUUCUCAGACACAGCUGGCGUGUAUGCUAAACCCAUCAGUCACCGCCCUAGGGACCCUGUUGGCAGCGAGGGCACCCCGGAACUGCGUGAACCAGCGUCAACCAUGGCUGGCCGCUCCGCGUUCUUCGCAUCACCGCCCAACAAAGUUUCUGCUCUAGAGGUGCAGAUUCCCAGUCUCCACCCGGACCUUCGUGGAGAGUACGACCGAAUUUCCGACACCUCCGGCUGUCCGUCUCAAGCCCGUCCUCACUCUGGCACGGCCAGCUCAGAAGUCUCAAGUGCCUCGAAGCAGCACAGGAACAAAAAGAAGAAACAGCGACUCACACUCCAGCAGACAACGCGCGCCCUCAACCUCGGACGCUUCGCCUACAAUGCCGGUGCCGGUGGACUGCUCCCCGCUCCCGCGCCCGGUUCGAAGACGACCACUACUCGCGGCGGGCAGAAAAAGGUCGCUGCUGCUGCCAACGGCACAGGGAGCAGCAAGAAGAAGCCCCGUGCUCAGGCGAGAAAGGAGGAGGCACUCCGAGCCAGGAGUGCCUUUGCUCGAGCGGUACAGCACCAUCGGGCGAAGCGGGGCGGCAAGGACUGAAGAUGGCUUUUUUUUUUCCGGCAUUCGGGCCCCUUGCCUCCUGGAAGCGAGGCUUGCAAUCGGCGUAGUUGACCUUGGGAGGGGAUUGGCUAACGGUGUGUGGAGAGCUGAGCUGAUUGCGUGAUACCGGUGCUAUGUGUGCAUUUGC